AUGCUAUAGUAAAACAUGAAGUGUUUUAGUCAUACAGAGUUGUUUUUUCAGGUGAGAAAAGGGCAUUCCAAAAUUUUCCAGCAAGAUAUUAUUGAUGUAUUGGAUAAACAACUGCUUGAGGGUAUGGGUGUCCUUCUGACAGAGGAAGAGCAACAAAAAUGUGAACAAAGGGUAUCUUUGGAAAAGAGGAGAUUGCUUGCUGUUCAUGAAGCUGGGCAUGUGGUGCUUGCUCACCUAUUUCCUAGGUUUGAUUGGCAUGCAUUUUCACAGCUCCUUCCUGGGGGCAAGGAAACUGCAAUAUCUGUAUUCUAUCCUCGAGAAGAUAUGGUAGACCAAGGUUAUACAACAUUUGGUUACAUGAUGAUGCAAAUGGUAGUGGCUCAUGGUGGUCGAUGUGCUGAACGUAUUGUAUUUGGUGAUGAUAUAAGUGAUGGAGGAAGCGAUGAUCUUGAAAAGAUAACAAAGAUUGCUAGGGAGAUGGUUAUCAGCCCUCAAAAUAAGAAGUUGGGGUUAAUCGGUUUAACAAAAAGGGUUGGUUUAAUAGAUCGACCAGACAGCCCAGAUGGAGAGUUGAUAAGAUAUAGAUGGGAUGACCCUCAUGUAAUUCCUGCUGACAUGACGCUAGAGGUGUCUGAGCUUUUUACAAGGGAGUUGACUAGGUACAUUGAAGAAACUGAAGAACUUGCAAUGAAUGCUUUAAGGAAUAAUAGGCACAUUUUGGACUUGAUUGCAAAGGAACUACUGGAGAGGUCAAGGGUGACUGGAUUGGAAGUUGAAGAAAAAUUGAAGGAACAUUCUCCCGUAAUGUUUGAGGACUUUGCAAAGCCAUUCCAAAUAAACCCAGAUGAGGAGGGACCAUUACCGCAUAAUGAUAGAAUACGAUAUCACUUACCUGACUUAUAUCCUGCUCCUCUCCAUAGAUGUUGACACACUAAGAUAUUCCUGUCACAACCUCAGUUGCCACAGUUAUAAUUGGUGACAGAAAUGAGUUUGAUGCGGUAACUUCUUUAUAGGAACUCAACCGCAUGCUACUCAUUCAUUGGACAAGAAAGGAAUCAGGAAGAACACAGUGAAGUAAUGAAUUGUUUAUGAUUCUCUACUCAUUUUGCUCUUCCAUCGGUCGCUCAUACAUCUAAUUUAGUGAAUUAUUUAUGAUGGUAAGCCUUGGAGACUUUUCCACAAGUUAGUUAGGGGACUGCUGAAAUUCUUUUUUCAGUUUUUUUACGUGUGGAUGAGGAUGAAGUUUUUAUCUCUCAAAAUUUGAAGCUGAAUUUUGUAUGCUUCUGAGUAUGAUGCUGACUGAGUCUAGUGAACUCAAUGGUUUGCAAUUUUGUAAAAUCUAUGCAUGGACAAGAUAUAACAUUUCACACACAUAAAAUUGUUCUGAUGAUUAGUAUGAUUGUAGUUUUUAAUUCUUAC